GGCAUACGUCACUUCCGGCUACAGAAUGCACUGUUUAAUCCGCGCAUGGUGACGGCCAUGAACAUGUACUCGGUCCCCAGCCCGGGAAUACCCGGAUGUCCACCUGGGCUGGAAUACCUGACUCAGGUGGAUCAGCUGCUCAUCAAACAGAAAGUGGAACUGGUUGAAGCUCUGGUGGGCUUCGAGAGCAACAACAAGUAUGAGGUGCGUAACUCCAUGGGCCAGAACGUCUUCUACGCGGUGGAGGAGAACGACUGCCUGAGUCGCCAGUGCUGCGGCCCCAUGCGGCCCUUCUCCAUCCACGUCCUGGACAACCUGGGACAGGAAGUGAUCACCGUCACGCGGCCCCUCAAGUGCAUGUCCUGCUGCUUCCCCUGCUGCCUGCAAGAGCUGGAGGUGCAGGCCCCCCCGGGCAACACGGUGGGCUACGUGGCGCAGCAGUGGCACCAUCUCCCCAAGUUCAUCGUCUCCAACGAGCACUCGGAGCCCGUCCUGAAGAUCCACGGGCCCUUCUGUGGGUGGAGCUGCCUUCCAGACGUGGACUUUGAGGUUCUGACCAUGGAUGAAGUCAGCAAGAUCGGGAAGAUCAGCAAACAGUGGACGGGUCUUCUAAGGGAAGUCUUCACUGACUCCGACAACUUUGGGAUCCAGUUUCCCUUGGACCUGGACGUGAGGAUGAAGGCCGUCAUGAUCGGGGCCUGUUUUCUCAUCGAUUUUAUGUUUUUUGAGACAACUAACUAAGAGAAGCUGCGUCAGGAGGAAGGAACAAGGCCAUGUCACCUUCACCUGUUGACCUUGUAGGAAAGUAUUGAGUGUUUGUUUUUAACCACUGCAUUUUGAUACCGUUUGUUACUUCUUUCUAGUCGGACCGGUGCGGAAAAGGAAGGGUCAGUAAGAUGUGCUAAGUUGUAGAACUUGUUUGUGAUGUUUUAUUUGAACAAAGUGUUUAUUUAUAUGUGCUUUUAUUUGAACAAUGUGUUUAUUUAUAUUAGCUUUUAUUUAAACAAUGUGUUUAUUUAUAUUAGCUUUUAUUUAAACAAUGUGUUUAUUUAUAUUAGCUUUUAUUUAAACAAUGUGUUUAUUUAUAUUUGCUUUUAUUUGAACAAUGUGUUUAUUUCUAUGUGCUUGCAGUCGAGCAGGAAGUCAACCAAUUCAAACGUACAUUCCAGUGAGGCCCACCAGAGGGCGCUAGCAUUUCGUCUAAGACAGGGGUGUCCAAACUUUUUCCACUGGGCCGCAGGCUUAAAACAAACAAAGCAUUUUGAUAUUUUCAUUUUCAAAACCAUCAAAAUAUAUUUUAUUAAAUUUAAGGACUCCUCUCAAGUUUGGUCCGUCAUAAAAAUGGUAAAAAUAAGUAAUAUAUUAAUAUUUUUUCGUUUUUUUUUUUUUUCAUUCAAAGCUUAAUAAAUCUCUGGAUCAAUGUUAGGUCUAUAUGUCAAUAUAACAGUUUUUUUUAAUGUUUCAAGCUCUUUCAAUCAAAACCCUGUUUUUAUGGCAAAAAUACGAAAUAUGCAAUAUUUUCCCUAAACAAGUUUUCGAGGUGGAAUAUUUGAUGUGAAGUAAUUGGAGCCUUCAAUAGGUCAAUAAUUUAAAACAGCAUCGAUUGUAAUUCUUUUUUUUUUUUUCCAGCAAUGACAGUAAAAACUAAACGGAAAAAAAAUCCCACUAAAAUUUUCCGGGACUC